CUCUGUAUUACGAGUUUCUCAUGCUGAACGUAUGUGAAAUCUAGCUCCGUCAUAUGAGACAUCUAGUGCGAUCGUUACUGCUUUGGCAUCACGUUAUCUGUAUUUCUUAUCGUUGGAUCUUCCUUUUACAUACCGAAUUCAUCUUCUUCGUUGUGUGUGUGUUGAGUGGGUUUGAGUUACAGAGAGAGAUUGUAUUGAUAGGGAGACUUCGUCGUAACAAACUUAUCACAUACACAGAUGACAAUAUAUCUUCUUGCAAAGCCUCUUUCUCACGUUAUGGCGUUGCUCGAGCUGUUCCCUACUUAUUCAGUCAAUUUUUGUGUUGACCUCUUCUUCCUCUGAUGCUUUAGCACCUGAAGGCUCUCCCUUACUCUGUAUCCAUGGUGCUCCACCUCUUCAUCUCUCUCAAAUCAGUUAAGCUGGCUCUGGAUCUAGCUCGUUUAGUGGUGUGGAAUUUGUUUUGUGUUUUGCGGCAAUUGGACUCUCUAGCGGCUCUGGCUCCUGCAGUGUGUCUCUGAAGGGUUAGCUACCUUUCGAUCCGCUCUCUCUAUAUGUUAUUUUGGUUUAAUGGGUGUAAUGGUCACGGCGAGUGUGCUUGGAGACGGCAAUCUUCUGGUCAGCUCUACUCUCGUGCUGUCGGAGGUCUCUUUUGUCAGGUGUUUUGGGUUUGUUUCAUGCUUGGGUUCUUGGUCUGGGUCAGAUUUGGGCGGGUGGUCAGAAGCUACAAGAGUCGUUAUUUCAAGGUUUUUAAGGUACCUUUCUCUCGGUAGCUCGUGGUGCUUGGUUCUCUUCCUUGACCAGUCUGGUUUCUUUUGAUCUGAGCCCAUCUCGUUGCUUUGCUGACUUUAGGCCUACUUCCGUCAUUUUUUGGGUUUGGUCUAUUCCGGUUUAAAAUUGUUGUUUAGUCUAAAUUUCUGUAUUCCGCUUAAAGUGUCUUUGUAAUUUCUGUCACAAAUUUAAAAGUAGUAUAAAAUUUAACAACAUCUUAUCCCAAAAAGUGCUAUAAGUUUUGUUUAUAGUGGAUUCUGAAGCUUCAUAUAAAAGUUAAGAUGCACUUAAUUCUCCUGAUUAUUUUUACGUAAGCAUUUACUUGUAUAUUUGUGCAUGUAUGUAUAAAGAAUCUCAUUUCUUGGAUAUAAUCUUUGAAUUUUGUGUUGCUGUAAUGUAUGUUCUUUAAGAAAUAAAUAUGUUCUUUAAGAAAUAAAUAUGUUCUUUAAGAAAUAAAUAUUAAGAAUGGUCAACUUGUACAUAUUUACCUUCAUUUGGUUAUAGAGAUAAGAAUUAAUAGAUUUUAAACCAUACUUGGAAUUAGGUAGGGAAUGUACAUACAUUUGAAGUGUAGAUAAAUGGACGUUUAAAUCAAGUUUAGAGAAACACAAAAAAAAAAUAAAUCAACUUGACUUUUCCUAAGUUGUGUCGUUAAAAGAGCUUAAACUUUUGCUUUAACAAAUGAAAUUUCUAAUUUGUCUUUUGGCUCUAUCAUUUUGGAAUUUGACGGCUAGUUCAUCACGUAUCUCUCCUCAUGGUUUAGAACACAAGCAACCAAAAAAUUUCAACAUUGAUAUAGGAAAGACAGUGGUGGUUGGUCAGAGUGGUGCAACUCACUUCAAAACCAUCCAAGCAGCCAUCGACUCCGUUCCCUCUGGUAACAAUAAAUGGAUCAAGAUUCAGCUUCAAAACGGAAUCUACUUCGAAAAGAUAGUGAUUCCGAUGGAGAAAGAAAAGAUAAUAUUGCAGGGAAACAACCCAUUAGAAGUGAUAAUUCAAUAUAAUGAUGCAGGACAAGCCAGUUCGAGUGGUCCGAUGAUCGUUAACGCCGAGUACUUCAUUGCGAUCAAUGUCACAUUCAAGAACUCUUAUAACAGUAUAGCAUCAGUAGUACCAUAUAAAAAGAUAAAGGUAGCUCCAUCAAUUGUACUAUUGGCGGACAAGGCGUGGUUCUAUGGCUGCAGUUUCAUCAGUGUCCAAGACACACUCGCUGACUUAGUCGGCCGUCACUACUUCAAAAACUGUUACAUCGAAGGAGCCAUUGAUUUUAUAUGGGGAGGGGGCCAAUCUUUAUACGAAAAGUGCGUGAUAUACGUUAAAGCAAUGAUGAACGUUAAGGGAAUGAUGAACGAUGAAAUGGUGAAAAGCGGAGCAAUGUUACCUGGAUUCAUAACCGCGCAAGGGAGGCAAAGCGAGCAAGACACAAGUGGAUUUGUGUUCAAAUUCUGCACGAUUAAAGGAGAUGGUACGGCGGCUUUGGGAAGAGCUUACCGAGGCUACUCUAGAGUUGUCUUUUACGCAACCAACAUGUCUAAUGUUAUUGUUCCCCAAGGAUGGGACGCUUGGCAUUAUAAAGGCGAAGAGGAUAAAAUCACAUUCGUGGAGGUAAAGUGUACGGGAGAAGGAGCGAAUAAGCAAGGAAGAGUUGGAUGGGAGAAGAAUCUUUCUGAUACAGAUAUUGAUUUUCUUAUAAACACUAAAACUUUCAUUGCUGGAGAUGGUUGGAUGACUACUCUUCCUUCUUCUCUAGUCUCUUUAUAUUCACCAUCUUCCAUUUAGUAAGUGUCCAUGAUUGUAUUAUUUUGGUCAAUACUCACCAACUCAAAAAACCAUGCGCAUGAUUGUUUUUGAACUAAGAUUUUCAAUUAAAAGCAAAGGGAUGAUUACAGCAUGGUAAAGUAUUAACAUAAGAACAACAAUAGAGAACUGAACUUGUAAAAGCCUGGGUAUCUUUAUCAACUCUCCAGUUUGUAGAGAUCCUAAACGUUUUGUGCAAGUUCCAUGGGGAAAGAUAUCAAUGUUUGAUAGGAAUCAUAGGUAAUGAAAAGUGAGACUCGUCUCUUUGGUUAUGGGGUUAAAUCUCUUGACUCUAUUAACCAUCCCAGUCUUGAUGAUUCGAUUAUUUUGGAAGAGAACAUAAUUACCACUGACUGGAAACAUAAAGACCUCCAUCCUGUGGUUUAUAAACACGGAUGCGAUGAGUUGAAUAUAGACUCGGGGACAUCUGAUAUUGUAUCCAACGGACAAAGAUCCAAAAUCCUCUCUACCGCUGUUGAAUUGGCAUCCUUCCUCUACAUCCAAAGGAUAAAUGUACGGAUUUUCUAGUACCUUAUAAAUGUGUGUUGUGACCUUUUUUGACUCGAAAAAACUUUUUAAAAAUUGAGUCCAUGAGCAUGAUCAUACAACCAUGCUUCGAUACCACUAUUUUAACACCCUCAAAUUGUGUUAAUCCGGACAAGUAAAGAAGACCUGGAGAUGUCGAAUUUGACAAGCAUCGUACACAAUCAAGUUAAGGCCUCUUCGAGUACAUCCUUGAUACUGUCCCUCUCAACCACAUCCUAGAGCUUGCCAACCCGUAUAGUGACAAUAAUUGUGUUAGUGCAGACAAAACUAACAUCACGGUUCUCAGGGAUUAACUACCAAAAAUACAUCUUAUUUGUAAACAACAGCCGCAGAAUUUGACUUAUCCAAAUAUAUUUACAAUGGGAUCCCAUAGGAAAAAGAAAACACAAUAUACUGGAAUCUACACCAGCUACAUCUACCGUACUUCAAAAACGCAACCCCUUCUAAGGCUUCCUAAAAACAAAGAGUCAUAGUAAUCUAGUAUUAAUCAGUAAAUCCCGAACCCCAACUACACAACAAUGAUACCAACUGAACCCCACAAUAAAUAGCAUGCAACGAUCAAUAAGAAAACAAUGGAUGAAUC